CCAGGUCCGGCCUGACCUUGAGCUACUUUACCUGAGGUAUGCGCUUUGCAUCCAUUAAAUGUAAAACCAUCUCCCAGCAUCAGCGUGAAGUGUCUAUUACGGCCGUCUUAUUUCCUGUUUAUAUGGCGACUGCCUCAACAUCCUGUUUUUAAUUACUUCUCUCCAGCAGCAGAUGCUUCUCACAGCAACCUGCUGUGGAUUACUCCCCUGAGAACUAAUGUGCUGUGACAGACCCCACUUUUCCAAUCAAUAACUCGCCCUAAAUCUGCCAUCUCUCAGCCUGCCAAACCCACUCCCACUCUUAAUGGCACAUCAUUUUCUGUAAGGGGGUUGUAAUUGCAGACUGUGGAGAAGCUGUAGCCCUUUGUGUUGUGACUACGUGGAUCACUGUAAAGGAAUCUGAAGUACAGAAACUACGCUGCACAGGAAGUGGCUGGGGGCUCGACGCCGUUGUUCAGCCCACUCACCGUUUCCAUCGCAUUACCCUUUGAGAAGAGAAAUUCAUAGUUCCCCUUUUUUGGGCCGAGUGCGACGAUAAAUCGUCCCUCGCCGCUUCAUAACCCGGGUGAGGCGAGCUUGUCAAGAUGUUUGUGUGAUUUCUGUGAUUUCAAAUUUGGUGGACUCAUGAGGAGUAACUUCUACAUAAUGUUUAAAAUUUCAGAAUGAGGCUGAAUCUAAACUUCUCCAACAUGUCUGAGGAGUCUGGCGUUGUGAGCCAGGGGCCGGUGGAGUACCGCAUCGCAGGCCUGGUCUUCUACUCCUUCGUCUUUGCCAUCGGGGUUGUGGUCAACAUCACCGCUCUGUGGGUGUUUUCUCUUACCACCAAGAAGAAGAACUCGGUCACCGUCUACAUGAUAAACGUGGCGGUGGUGGACCUCACCUUCGUCUUGCUGCUACCAUUCCGAAUGGUUUACCACCAGCAGGAUUUCUGGCCCUUUGGGGACAUUUUCUGCCGGAUCACCGCCGCCCUCACCAUCUUCUACCCAUCCAUGGCCCUGUGGCUGUUUGCUUUGAUCAGCGCGGAUCGCUACAUGGCCAUAGUCCAGCCAAAGCACGGCAAAGAGCUGAAGAACAUCCCAAAGGCCGUGGUGGCAAGCCUCGGCGUGUGGGUCAUGACCCUGGGCGGCACCGUGCCCCUGCUCUUCUCCGGGGAAGACCCAGACCGAGCCUCCAACUUCACCACCUGCAUCAAAAUGCAAGACAUCAUCCACAUGCGCCACGACAACCCCGUGAACUUCGUGCGACUCAUCUGCUUCUUCCUGGUGCCCAUAUGCAUAAUGAUCGGCUGCUACGUCGUCAUCGUGGACAACUUGAUUCACGGGCGCACCUCCAAGCUCAAACCCAAAGUGAAGCAGAAGUCCAUCAGGAUCAUCGUCACGCUGAUCGUCCAAGUGCUGGUGUGCUUCGUGCCCUUCCACGUGUGCCUGGUGCUCCGCUUGGUGGGGACGGGCAGAGACGGGGGGUACAGCACGUGGGCGGUCUUCACCACAUUCCUGAUGAACCUGAGCACGGUGUUGGACAUCAUCCUGUUCUACAUCGUCUCCAAGCAGUUCCAGGACAGGGUGAUCAGCGUGAUCCUGUACAGGAACUAUCUGCGGAGCGUGAGGCGGAAGAGCAGGCACACGCACACAGGCAGCAUGCGGUCAUUGAGCAACCUGACCGCAAUGAUAUGAGACAAGCUGCGCAAACGCUGAACGCUCCGCUGGGUACGUGGUUCUUUGCGAAAAGGGAUCAAAAACUCGCAAUAAAUUUCCGAGGCGUGAUUUACACUCUCAGUGAGGGAGUGCUGCUGUUGUGGCAACAAACAUCUGUGUUUUGGAGCUGAGCGACUCACCCAUGAGACUUGAGAUGUUUUCUGAUGCAUAUUUUCCAGUGUCUGCAGCUCAGGUGUAACACAUGUAGGCAAAGAAUAAAGCUGACAAUUGUUUAAAACAAAAA